AUGCCCAACGACUCUGACAAGCCUGGGGGUGGAGAAGACGAGCGCACAGAGCACAGGACUGACUCCUCUGAACAGUCCCUUAGUAAGAGAGUCCGAAGAGGCACACCCAGUCCUCAUAGAGGGAACACCCCACAGUCCAGCCCACCAAGGUUUGUGUCAGUGGAGGAGCUCAUGGAGACUGCUAACGGUGUGACCAACAUGGCCCUGGCGCAUGAGAUGGUAGUGUUCACUGACUUCCAGGUGAAGCCCUCAGAGCCAGCAGAAGGAAGUUCGAAAAAAAGAGUGAAGGAGAUGAUGCAUAAAACAUUCUAGGCACAGUUGAGCGAGAACCCACCAUCUUAUGAUAAUGCAAUCAAACUUCUGGCAGAGAUCAGAGAGACGCUGCUGUCCUUUCUGCUACCGGGUCAUGGGCGACUGAGGGGCCAAAUUGAGGAGGUACUAGCUCUGAUCCAGCAGCAGGCAGAGAACGGAGCUCUGGACAUCAGUAAGGUGGUUGAGUUUGUCGUUGGUAUGAUGGGUUCACUCUGCGCUCCGAGCCAAGCCGAGGAAAUCAGGAAGCUUAUGGAAAUCACAGACCUUGUGCCUCUAUUAAAGGCAUUAUUUCCAGUGUUGGAUAAAAUGAAACUUGAUAUGGCCAAUUUUGCAGUCAGCAGCAUCCGACCCCACCUUCUGCAGCAAUCCGUUGAGUAUGAACGGAAGAAAUUCCAGGAGUUUGUCGAAAAACAACCCAAUCAAGCGGUUGGGCCAGGUAGUUCCACCACUUCCCUCACUGUGCACAACCAUGCUUACCUGCAUCUGCUUAAGUGGGACCACGCCUCUGAUCCAUUCCCUGAGAAAAUCAUCACGUUUUUUCUCUCUGCCCUGGACCAGGUGCAUUUCCAGGAGAUGCAGCAGGACUUGGAUCAGCUGGUUCUGGUGGCGUCUGUGCUGCUCAUAGUGUACAACACCACAGGGGAGGCCAUCUCAGGCCUGCCAGGCCUUAUGGACAGACUCAAGAGGACCAUUAGGGUUCUGCUCAGAGAGAUGCACAUGCCGUCUUUCUGUGCAGAUGAAGCCUUAGCUACCAUUGGAUAAAGGAUGUGUGUGGAGCUAAGUGGAUGUCUGUCUGAACAUGGCUUUUCCACGUUCUCCACCAACCGGCAGAGCAUUCUGAAAGGCCAGAUCUCAGCUGUUACUCUCCCAGACAACACCAUCUGCAAGCUUAUAGACUCCCGCAUCCAGACCUACCUGCUUGCCUUGCUGGAGUCCAGUCACAGGAGUGCUCAAACCCUACCAGGGGGCCUAGCUCCAGUCAGCAAAGAGCUGGAAGAGAUUGCCAUGAGGUUUGGCCGUCUGGUCCACUUCAACAAAUUGGUUUAUUCCCCUUUCUACCAAAAGAUACUACAGGAGAUUGUGCAAGAAGGGGAAAGUCACGACACCUAG